GGCGUGCCGCUCACUAGCUGUGGAGUUUCACGUGGAUUUCCAUCAAAAUAAUUGCACUCAUACCGUUUUUGUUUCCCUACUUUUACGAAUGAUGUUUUAGCUUUCUUACAUAGAUUCCUUGUUACAUGUCUUUGACUGCCCAGCCCUUAUUUGGUUUUUGAGAACCAAUCUAGUGACGUUAGCCAACAAACUAAUGUUGCUCUUAAGUUUCUAGGACUCAACCUCUGGCUAAACUUUAACUCGUUAUCGUAAAACCUUCGUAAGGUCGCACAUUUUGUUUUAGAUAAAUUUUGAUAUAAAAGGAGAAAAAUGGAGACUGAAGAAUCUGGAUGGACCAAGGAAAAUCUCCUGAAGCUUCUCGCUACAUUGAAAGCCAGCAUCCCAAAGCAUAAGAAAAAGGUUUGUUAUCGUAAAGAACUGGAGACUGUAGACUGGAAUGAAGUGGCUUUGCCCCCUUUUUCUUCCGAGGAAUGCCAAGAAAAGUGGACAAGCAUCAUGAAGAAGAUACCCAAGAUUCGGACUCUGACAGAGCUGAUUAAUGAAGCUGAAGAUGUCAUUUUAAAUCCCAGUCAUAACUCAAAAAUCCAUCCAGAGCUUCCAAAGAGACCCGCUCCUCCAGCUGCUACCUUUUUUCAAGAAAACAUGGCCCAGUUAAAAAAUGAGCACCCUGAACUGAAAUCAAAAGAGCUUAUUAAGAUAUUAUUUAAACGUUUUAGUAAUCUCUCAAAUGAAGAAAAGGUUAAAUAUGAAAAGAAACACGGACUUGCAGUUAAAGAGUACAAGACCGAGUUGAAGAAAUUCUGCAAAGAAUAUGGAAAGCCUUCCGCUCAUUGUCUUAGACACCGGAAAAGGAAAAUGGUCUCUUUAGAUACAGAUCAUAGUGGAGAUGAAAACGAUCUUCCUCUUAAGCCCAUUACAAAUGGCUACAUGCUAUUUUGCAAGGAGCAAAGCAAAUCCAUUGGAGAAGGCCAAAGGGGUCGAAUGAUGCGCAUGUGGAGCAAAGCUUGGCAAAAGUUGGGUGAAACAGAGAAGAUGAAAUACCUUAAUCAAGGCAAAGAGCUGAAGAGACAGUACCGUAUCAAGCUUAAGAAUUAUCUAAAGAGGUUUGAUAAGGACGAGCAGAAAAAAAUCCUCAAAGAGAAUGGCAUCAGUAGAAGUGCAGUUUGUACGAUCAAGAACUGGAAAACUGUGAAGACGCUACCCAAUGAGCCCAAGAUGCCGACUAUCACUUCCCAUAUAGUUUUUAUCUCAGAGAAAAUUAAACUCCUGAAGGAAAUCCCACUUUCACGGGACCGCUUCAUCGAGGUCAAUAAAAUGUGGCAGAAUCUCCCCUCAAAGGAGAAGGAACGCUAUAAAGCAAAAGUUGAAAGGAAGUUCAGGCAGUACGCAGAUGAGCUGCAGAAGUGGUUUCAGAGCCUGACGCCAGAAGAUCAGCUGCUCUAUUUGAAACUUAAUCCCUCCAAAUCACAAUACCUUGGUUUCACAGAAAAUAAGAUGUAUAAUACAAAGGAAGUGUGUCAACCUUCAGACUCGGAGGAUGAAGACCUUGUGGUUAGCAGCAGCAGUGAUGAAGAGGGGAACAUUCUGAACUUUGAAGAGGAGGAAGAUGAUGAGGAAGAGGAGGAGAAAGAAGAAAACAUGUUUGAGAUGUAUUAGGUGGUGAUGAGAUGGACAGUGGCAGUGCCACAGACACGCAUCAAACUCAGAGCUGGAUUCAGAAUUGUUAAAAAUGAAGAUGUGUUAUAAAUGGCUGACUUAAUGACAGAUUAUCUGGCAGGCUUGGAGACUGUCUGCCAUUUUCCUCUUCCUCUUUUCUGGGGUCCUGUUUUUUGGCCACAUCUUAAUAUCCCAUCAUGAAUAUCAGGACCUUGUACAAGAUCAGUGCUUCAAGAUUUCUUUAUAUCUACUCAUCAUGUGCUAACAGGAAACAUGAAAAAGUAGACAGCUAACAUCCCAUAGCUGUCUGGGCUGUGCUACUUCUAAAAACUAAAUUGUUAAGUAGCAGAACAAAUCAGGUAUCACCCUUCAUACCUCACCAUCACUGCUGGCUGCAAAAUAGUUUGUAUUUUAUUUUUUUUUAUUUUUUUUAUCUGAGAAAACACAUCAGGUUUAUGCUGAUACCUUAUAUUAGCACUAUAUAUUUCAUGUCCUGAUUUGCCUUUAGUUGGAUUGUCAUGUUGGUUUAGUCUACUACAGCAUCAAUAAUGCAUCUGGUCCAUACAAGGUCUACCAACCAAUUAAAAUCUGACUUUAAGAGUUUACAAAGACUCUACAAAAGAAGAGUUCAGUACUAAUGGUUCAGGUAAGAAGACUGGAUGGUAACGUUUACAUGUAAAUACAUGUAUUUAAAAAAAGGAAGGGGGGUUAUUAUUGAUCAGUUUUGUUUUUACUUAUUACUUUCUACAUUCUGUUUGCGCAUGUUCAUGCAAUUUUUUCCAUUUUUUGUACAAGUUUUGUGUAAAAUAAAAUGUGUUCUGUUUUCU